CUUAGCUGCUGGUGUAAUGUUGGCCGUAUUGGCGGGAAAACGUCCCUUUCAGUUGGCUUUGGCUGUGAAUACCGUCACGUGAUGGUACAUGAGAUCGGGCAUGCUGUUGGCUUUUGGCAUGAGCAAAGUCGGCCAGAUAGAGAUAAUUACAUUCAAGUGUUAAAGCAGAACAUACUUCCGGGUAAUUUAUUUACUUUUAUCCCUAAGUCAAGUCAAAAGUAGUUCCUGAGCUCACAGGGAUGAAGGUAUGCGGCUAAGCAAAGUACUUUGCUUGUUCAAAGUUAAAUGUAUUACCAAGCGCGCUGUUAAUUCCUCGACUAUUCUAACGUUUCAUAAAAAAGCUCUAAGAGAUUAAAAACUGAAAACGUUCUUGUUCAGUGUCGGCCACAUUUGCUGCAUAAUUGUAGUCACUCACAGAAAAUAAGCACAUUAGUUUGAGAAAAAUUCAAUGGUAGUUACAUUUACAAAUCAGUAUUCUAUAUUAUACACCCUGCCCAUGUUUCCACUUGUAAGUACCACAUGAAAAUGGCCUUAGAUGUUUGACCGGGGAGGAGAAAAUGGGUCGAUCAUUUUUUUUCUGACCCGGCCGCUGUCAAUUUUAAGCCAAUAUUUUCCCCAGUUCCAGUUUGUUCUUUAUCAAGUGUGAAGGAAGUGAGGCGUUUUGUGUGGUAGGGUGGGUUAGUCCUAUAUUGCAGUACAGUUUGCAAUAGAAGUGAAUAAUAGUUUGAGUUAGUCAAAUUCGUGACUGGAUGUUUAGAAAUUAGAGCUUAUAUAGUUCUUUUAUUACUUCACCGUGGCGAUCUUUUACCCCGUAAGCGUGGGCAACACAGAAGAUCGUGUGUGCGAUUAUACUAUUCGUGCAACCAAAUUUUUGGGCAAAUUUCUCAGAUAGCGGCAGAUAGCAUUCAGACGAGAACCCCCUAAAUACGUUUUGUUUUCUUUUUGCUGCGAAUUGAUAUCAUUGAAAUUUGAUUUUCACGGAUGUUUUUGUUUGCAUUCAAGGUUUUGAGAGUGCAUUCCAAAAGUAUGGAAGGAAUAAAAUCGAUUCGCUUGGUUUGCCGUACGACUAUGGCUCCAUCAUGCACUAUCCGUUCAACGCUUUCUCCAAAAAUGGUCAACCGACUUUACGGACACUGCAACCGUUGAAUGGAAAAAGUCCUUACAAGACUUUAAGCGACCUAGACGCUCAACAGACCAGCAAGAUGUAUGGAUGUAGCUCUUCCGAGCCCAGGAGGAAACGCAGGCAGACCCGUAAGUUAAUAAGUUGUUUGAUUUGUAAACAGGGU